GACGUCUAUAUUUGAAAAGCUAACUAAAAUCUGGAAACAGUUCAGUAUCUAAUCACCCAUCAGUUGUUGCUGGAUCGUUUUGAUAUCUUUAUAUAAUGAAGGAUACCGUUGUUGACGAUAAAAUAGUUAUAACAGGCAUUUCAGGAAAAUUUCCGCAAUGCGAAAACGUAGAAGAAUUUAAAGAUGCUUUACUAAAUGGUGUCGAUUUAGUGAGAGAAGAUUCUAGAAGAUAUCCUGCAGGACUAUGGGGUAUGCCAAAAUAUGCAGGAACAAUUGCGGGUGUCGAUAAAUUUGAUGCAUCGUAUUUUGGAGUUCAUCCUAAGCAAGCGACGUUUAUGGAUCCCAGGCAUAGAAUGGUUUUGGAAGCAGUACACGAAAGUAUAAUUGAUGCUGGUUACAAUCCCUCCCAACUAAGAGGUGGUAGAAUAGGUGUUUAUGUUGGAAUUGCUAAUUGUUCAAAAUUCACCAGAUAUAGUAAACUGUCGAAUACUAAUGGAUACACUAACAUCGGAUUGUGCCUAGCUCUUGCAGCAAAUCGAAUUUCCUAUUCUUUUGACUUCAAAGGUCCAAGUUUCGUAGUGGAUACUGCAUGUUCUAGCAGUACAACUGGGUUUGUUUGUGCUAUCAAAGAUAUGAUGUUGGGUGAAAUUGAUGGUGCUAUAGUAUGUGGAACACAUUUAAUUCAAGAACCUUUCGAAACAUUGGAAUUCUGCAAGUUGAAUAUGCUUUCACCAGAAGGUAGAUGUAAGGUUUUUUCCACUACAAGAGAUGGGUAUGUACGUAGUGAAAGUGUUGUUGCGUUCUUUUUGCAAAGAGAAAGUAAAAGUAGGAGAAUUUAUGCAACUGUAUAUGGUGCAAAAAGUAAUUCGGAUGGAUUUAAAAAACAAGGCAUAACUUUUCCUUCCUCUGAAGACCAAUAUAAUUUGAUGAAGGAAUUAUAUAACUCUAUAAAUAUCACUCCUAACGAGAUUUCUUUUAUUGAAGCUCAUGGUACCGGUACCACAGCUGGUGAUAUCGAAGAAUGUCUGGCAAUAAAAAAGUUUUUAAGCGAUCAACGGAAAAAACCGUUACUAAUAGGAUCUGUCAAGUCAAAUAUGGGUCAUUCUGAAGUUUCAUCUGGAUUGUGCUCCCUGCUGAAAGUAAUAAUUGCCAUGGAAACGGGAAUUAUACCAGCAAAUCUUCACACAGAGACAUUGGAUAAAACCCUUCCCGGUAUCAAAGAAGAUAAACUUGUAGUUGUAACAGCAAACACCGAAAUAGAUCUGGGUAUAGUUGGAGUAAACUGUUUUGGAUUUGGAGGAUCUAAUACACAUAUGGUUUUGGAUUCGAACAAAAAAAAGAAGCAAUUGAGAAAUUACAAAACAUACAAAAAUCGUCUGGUACAUGUAUCCGGCAGAACUGAAGAAGCUGUGAAUUAUUUUCUAGACGAAAUUGAGAAAAACCAAAAUGAUCCCGAAUUCCUAGCCUUAGUCGACGAAAUUCACAAACUUAAUGUUGAUGGUCAUAAUUAUAGAGGGUAUAUGGUGCUGGGAGAUCAUCCAGUUAGAGAGAUUGGACGAUUCAAUAAACGAAGACCAAUUUGGUUUGUUUAUGCUGGAAUGGGUUCACAUUGGUUAAAAAUGGGAAGAGAUCUAUUGAAUAUUGCUGUUUUUAGAAGCACAAUCAACCGAUGUGCUAAAGCUCUAGAGCCCUAUGGUAUUGAUUUGAUGCAUACCAUUACCAGCGAUGAUCCUAAAGUUUUAGACAACAUUUCAAAUUGCUUAGCUGCAAUUGGUGCCAUAGAAAUUGCAUUAACAGACGUUCUAAAGUCGUUAAAUAUAUUUCCAGAUGGUAUGUGCGGACAUUCAUUAGGAGAAGUCGGUUGCGCAUACGCAGAUGGACAAAUAACGCCAGAACAAGCGGUAUUGUUAGCUUAUGCACGAGGAUAUAGUUCUGAGAACAGCAACAUCAUUCCAGGACAGAUGGCUGCAGUAGGUUUAUCUAAAGAAGAAUUGAAAAAAAUAUUGCCCGAAGGAGUAUAUAUUGCCUGCCAAAAUUCCAAAAAUAGUCUAACAAUAUCAGGUCCAGCCGAAGAUAUACAAUCUUUAGUUGAAAAAUUGUCGGCGCAGGGUGUUUUUACUCGAUUAGUCAAAUCGUCUGGAAUACCUUUCCACACCCGAUACUUGAAAGAAGCAGGUGAUUUAUUGUACAAAUUCUGUGAUAAUGUAUUAAAAGAUCCUAAACCAAGAAGUAAAAGAUGGAUAUCUAGUUCAGUUCCUCCAAACUUAGAAAAUGAAGAGUGGGCUCAAUUGAAUUGCGCCGAGUACCACAGAAAUAAUUUCUGUAGUCCCGUUUUGUUUGAUCAAGUAUAUGAUCAUAUACCCGAAGAUGCAAUUAUGAUAGAAAUUGCUCCUCAUGGUUUGCUCCAAGCAAUCUUGAAAAGGGCGACGGAUCCUAGCGUUACUCAUAUCCCUCUUACCAAUCGCUCGACGGACGAUAAUGAAAAAUUCUUCUUGUCAGCAAUUGGAAAAAUAUAUAUAGCUGGAGGACUACCUAAUCUGAGAAAUAUGUACAAUGAUGUUACCUUUCCUGUUAGUCGCGGAACCAAAAUGUUAUCCCCGUUAGUAAAAUGGGACCACAGUGUAUCGUGGUUUUCAGGAGCUUGGCAAAAUGAUGAUUCCUUUGGAAAAGAAGUAAUUGUGAGUUUGAUGGAAGAAGAAUAUUCCUAUUUACAGGGUCAUGAAAUUGACGGAAGAAUUUUAAUGCCAGCAACAGGAUAUCUGGACCUAGUUUGGGAUACCUUCGCAAAACAACAACUUAAGGAGAAAGAAAAAGUACCAAUUAUUUUUGAAAAUGUUAAAUUGAUACGAGCAACCGUCUUGUCGUCAGGUGAUGGUGUGAAAUUUCUUAUUAAUAUAAUGAAACAAUCAGGAAACUUCGAAAUAUUUGAAAGCGGAUCAGUGGUCUGUACAGGAGUAAUACGCUCUCCUAAAAAUGAAAUUGUGGAAUUUAAGCAAAAAACGGUUCCGAAUGAUACUCAAAAUGGAUAUAUGAAUAUGGAGAAGAAAGAUAUUUAUAAGGAAUGUUGGUUGAGGCGAUAUGUAUAUAAAGAUUAUUUCCAAGGAGUGAUCCAAUCUGAUGUAUUUGGACGUACUGGGAAAUUAGAAUGGAAAGGAGAAUUUGCAAGUUAUUUGGAUACAAUGCUACAAAUGACAGUAUUGUCACAGAGCAACAGAGAUUUAUUUCUUCCUACUGGGAUCCAGCAAGUAACAAUAGACCCUGUUCAACAUUUAAAUAUUGUACGUCAGGAACACAAAGGUAUUCCAGUUUAUUACAAUAAAACCUUGAAUAUUAUAAGAUCGGGUGCCGUGGAAAUUAUUGGACACGAGGUUUCAAAAGCACCACGUAGACAGCAUAUUCAGGAACCACCAUAUUUGGAAAGUCAUGAGUUUGUUCAGUAUCAAUCAACAACCGACAACCUAUACGAUAUGAAGACUUCGUUACACAUAGCAGUACAAAUUGUAGUACAGAAUAUGCUUGGAAUGAUUAAAGAUAUAAAUGUAUGUGAAAUCGUCAAUAAUGAUACCAAAGAACAAAUUAGUGUUCACUUAAAGCCAAUUAUUGAUAAGCAAACUUUGACUACGUCACUUUAUAAUAUCAGUACUCUCGAAAACCUAGACCAAAAGUAUGAAAUUAUUGUAAUUACUGAAGCUGUUCUAUCAUCUGUAAAUAUAAACAGUAUAGUCAAUAAUUUAACUAGUAAUGGGUUCAUUCUAUACAUAGGAAAGCAAAGUGCAAUUGGAGAGAAAUCGUUAGAAAUUAUUUUCAAAUCCACUACGAAUGGAAGCAGUAUAAUAUUAUUGCGACCUAUUAAGGAGAUUCCUGUGAAUUACAGUAUUGUUGACGUCUCUACUUCCAAUUUCGAUUGGUUGGAAAAACUGAAAAGUAUGUCAAAAUAUGAAGAUGGUCAUGUUGUUUACUUGGUGAGUCAAGAAGAGGUAACUGGUCUGAUGGGAUUAGUUAAAUGUUUGUUGAUGGAACCCAGUCAACUUAUCAUGAGGGCUGUUUUUCUGGGGGACAAAAAUGAAAAAUUUUCAAUGGAUAAUCAAUUCUAUAGAGAUCAGAUUAUAAAAGAUUUAACUUUCAAUAUUAUACGAGACAAUAAUUGGGGAACGUACGUAUUUCUUCCAGUAAAACCGUUAGACAAGAAAAAAGUGGGCAAUGCUGCUGUAGCAAUAUCUACUAUUGGAGAUCUGUCAACAUUAGAAUGGGUAGAACGACCUUUCGAAAGGGUUAAACUUUUCGAUUCAAGUGAACAAGUUUAUGUGUAUUACUCGGCUCUUAAUUUCAAAGACAUUAUGACGGCUACUGGAAAAAUUGCAUCAGAAACAUACAUUGGAAUCCAUUCUUGUCCAUUAACUACUGGUUUAGGCUUAGAAUAUUCUGGUGUGACUAUUAAUCGUAAAAGAGUCAUGGGUCUUACUGGAUUCGAGUCGAUAAGCUUGCAAAUAUAUAAUGAUCCAUUAUUCACGUGGGAGGUACCCAGCGAUUGGACGUUGCAAGAAGCCGCUACUGUUCCAUGUGUUUAUUCUACAUGCUACUAUGGGAUGAUAAUAAGAGGACAAAUGAAACCGGGUGAAUCUAUUCUAAUUCACGCAGGAACGGGUGGUAUUGGCCUAUCCGCAAUAAAUAUUGCUUUAUCUAUGGGUUGCGAAAUAUUUACUACCGUUAGUAGCGCUGAAAAAAGAAGUUUUUUGAAAAAUUUGUAUCCAUCUAUCGAUGAUAAACAUAUAGGAUAUUCCAGAGAUGCAUCAUUUGAAAUUAUGAUCAAAGAGAAUACAAAUGGAAGAGGAGUAGACUUAGUAUUAAAUUCAUUAGCCGGUGAUCUGUUUCAAGCAUCCAUGAGGUGUCUAGCAUCAGGUGGCCGAUUUUUAGAAAUUGGGAAAGUGGACUUGAUGAAUUCAGCACCAAUACCAUCCAAUAUGUUUUUACGCAAUAUCAGUUUUCAUGGAGUUCAUCUGGAUCAAUUCUUUUACCCUCAAAAUGAAUGUAAACAUGAAAUUCAACGCUUAGUUUCAGAAGGCAUAGCCAAUGGAGUAGUUAAACCUUUACCAAGUACUGUAUUUGAAGAAAAUGACGUAGAAUCAGCAUUCAGAUAUCUUGCAACAGGGAAACACAAAGGAAAAGUUUUGUUAGAAAUCAGAAAGGAAGAAUUAUAUCCUUUUGCAACGCCAAUCCGAAGUAUCUCAGCAAUCCCAAAAAUUUUAUUCAGUCCAUCGAAAUCGUAUAUUCUGAUAGGGGGAUUAGGAGGAUUUGGUCUUGAGGUUGCCAAUUGGCUGAUUAACAAAGGAGCAACGAACAUAAUUUUAAACUCCAGAAGAGGUAUCAGUAACGGGUACCAAGCUUAUUGCUUGAAAAAUUGGUCUCAAUAUAAAGGAGUAACUGUAAAAGUGGAUACAAAUGAUACAACUACUCUGAAAGGAGCAGAAAAUUUGAUAAAUAAUGCUCAAACUCUAGGUCCUGUAGGAGGUAUUUUCAAUAUGGCUUUAGUUCUUAAAGAUGCAUUAAUCGUUAACCAAACUGUAGAACAUUUCCAAGAUGUAUUCAGGACAAAGAUAAUAUCUGGUCAAAAUAUGGAUGUUCUAAGUCGAAAACUUUGUCCAGAACUAGACCAUUUUGUCGUUUUUUCAUCGGUCGCUGCUGGUAGAGGAAACGUUGGUCAAAGUAACUAUGGAAUGGCUAAUUCUGCCUUAGAAAGUCUAUGUGAGAAACGGAAGAGAGAACAACUACCUGGUCUAGCGAUUCAAUGGGGCCCUAUAGGAGAUGUAGGUUAUCUAGCCCAACUUGGAGUAAACAGUUUCAAAAGUUUGUUGGCUCAAAAAAUUGAUUCAUGUUUGGAUAUUUUGGAACGUUUCAUGUUGGAAUCAUAUACGGUAGUAUCAAGUAUAGUUUCAAUGGAAAAAGAUAUAGUUACCACAGGAGCAGCACGUACACCAGUUGAAGUUAUUGCUCGAAUUUUGGGAAUAAAGAAAUUAGAUUUGGUAGACAAGUCGUUGAGUUUAUCUCAACUUGGUUUAGACUCACUUAUGUUGUCGGAAAUAAAGCAAACACUGUAUAGAAGUUACAACAUAGAAUAUAGUCCAGAAGAAAUCCGUGACCUAACUCUCAAUUCAUUGAUUGAAUUGAAAACAGGCGAAAAUCAAGAAAAAACAGUGGAAAAUAUUAAUGAAGUCAGUGGUGCACAACCAAGUAGCCCAAUUCAUAUUACACAUAUUUUACAAGAUGACAUUUUAAUCGAGAUGAAUUCACCAAAAGAAAACACAGACAGAAAUAUAUUCUUCAUUCAUCCAGUUGAAGGCAACUUAGAUAUUUUAAAACCUUUGGCCAAGAAAAUAAAAGCAAAGGUAUAUGGUUUCCAAUGCACAAAAGAUGUGAAUUUCGGCGAUAUAAUCGAUUUCGCUACUCAUUAUAUUAAGAAAGUGAGGGAAAUUCAACCGAGAGGACCAUAUUAUAUCUGUGGCUAUUCAUAUGGAUGCGUUGUGGCUACCGAGAUGGAGAUUCAGCUGGAAAAAUCAGGAGAACAUGUUCAUGCAGUUUAUGUAGAAGGCUCACCGGCGUUCUUGCAGAACAUGCUGAGAAAUACGCAUCUACGACAAGAACAUUCAGAACAAACAUCACAACAGAAAAUUUUAGCAUAUUUUUCUGCUACCUUUCCUAAAGUAGAUGAAAAUGAGAUUAAUAAAUCAUUGAACAGUACAACUAAAUGGGAUGAACGACUUCAAAUAAUCGGUCAAAUUGUGUCUAAAGCAACGGGAAUAGAAAUAACGAAAGUAAUGGCAUCUGCUGAAAGUUUUUAUAACCGAUUAAUGGCUGGGUUUCAUUAUGAACCCUCCACAAGAACUAAUGGUGAACUGUUACUAAUUAGAAGAGCUGAAAAUCAAUUCAUAUCUGAAGAUUAUGAACUGAAUAAGAUCAAAUCAUCUCCUGUGAAAAUAUUUAAAGUGAAUGCAGACCAUAAGACAAUUUUAUUGGGAGAAAAUACUCAAACAGUGGCAAACGCAAUUAAUAAUUUCUUUGAAUUGUAAUGUGCGUUAGAUAUACCCAGUAAAGAUAUUAUUGUAAACAAAAUACUGUAGAUAAAGAAUAAAAUAUAUUAAAUUUCUA